CUCUCUCUCAUCCUUGAACCACCUUCCCGCAACACCCCCUUUUUGCUUCUUCUUCUUCUUCUUCUUCCUCUCUUUCUCUCUCUAGACGUCAGCCAUGACUUCUUUCCCUCAAAAUCACUUUCAGCAGUUUCUUCAGCAACCACCCUCACAGCCACAACAACCCAAACCUUUCAGGGAUUUGUAUAACAGCAACAUGGAGGGUCAGAUUUCACAGCAAGUGCCUUACUUCAACACACCUAAUCUUCUUGAUCACCAUCCCCCUUACAUCCCUCCCUUUCAAGUGGCAGGGUUGGCGCCGGGCCCGUCUCAUGAAGAGAACGGGCUGGAGCUGCAGUGGAGUUCCGGGCUUGAGUCCAAAAAGAAGAGGCCCAUAGAGCAAUCUUUUCUGGAGAACAAUCUUACCAAUAACAACAGCAAUAAUAACUCUCAGUUAUCCUCUGCGGAUUUAUUGCAGGCCCGAUCGGUGUCCGUCGGGCUGGGACUUUCACUGGAAAAUCCCCGAUUGGCGUCUUCGGGUGACUCAGCUUUGCUUGGGUUGGUGGGCGAUGCUCUUGACCGCGAGUUGCAAAGACAGGAUGCUGAGAUUGACAGAUACAUCAAACUUCAGGGCGAUCGUUUGCGGCAAGCUCUUUUGGAGAAGUUUCAGGCAACCCAACUCCAGACUAUCUCAUAUGUGGAAGAGAAGGUCCUUCAGAAACUCCGGGAGAAAGAGGCCGAGGUGGAAGACAUAAACAAGAAGAAUAUGGAGCUUGAGUCGAGAAUGGAACACCUCGCCUUUGAGGCCAAUGCUUGGCAACAACGUGCAAAAUACAGCGAGAACAUGAUCAACACUCUCAAGCUUAAUCUACAGCAGGUUUAUGCACAAAGCCGAGAUAGUAAAGAAGGGUGUGGAGAUAGUGAGGUUGAUGAUACAGCAUCCUGCUGCAAUGGUCGUCCAGUUGAUUUCCUCAAGGACAGCAACGGAAUGGAGUUGAUAACCUGUAAGGUUUGUCGAGUAAACGAAGUAUGCAUGCUUUUGUUACCUUGUAAGCAUCUCUGCUUGUGUAAAGAAUGUGAGAGUAAGUUGAGCAUUUGUCCCUUGUGUCAAUCCUCAAAGUAUAUAGGCAUGGAGGUUUAUUUGUAAUGGGAUGAUCAAUGAUGUGAAUCUAACAUAAACAUUCAUGUUACAUGCAAUCGACUAUAUUAUCCCUGUUGACCUA